AUGGCGAGGAACCACAACGACAUGGCGAAACUCCUGGAGGUCACCACAGAAUAUGGAAACCGGAAUAAACUCCUAUUCAAUCCAGAGAAGAGUGCCGUCGUGAUCUACUCGCCCCACGAAGUGGGUAGGAAGAAAACAUUGACCAUACAAGGCCAAACCAUCCCAGUUGCAAAAAACUACAAGUACCUGGGGAUAACCCUAUCCGACUCCAGGAACUACCUCAAUGCACAAGAGGAAGCCUGGGCGAAAGGGGCGAAUUCCGCCCUGCAUGCAAUGCAUGCUACGUCUCUCUGGGGUUUCAACCGAUUCGAAAUCACUAGAGUGCAGUGGAAAGCAACCGCCGUCCCGAAACUCACCUAUGCCAACUCGGUCUUGGUGAGGAGCGCCAAUUUGAGGGACACCCUGGAUAGAGCCCAGCGGAAAGCAGGGAAAUUGCCGAAAGCGAUCUUGAAAAUUAUGGAGCUCACUCUGAAGAAAACCAGGGCGUACCAGGAGACCGAACGACUUCGAGCAAAAUACAAGUGCUCAGUCAUCAGUCUCCAACUCGAUGUAGAAGGACGCCCGCCCUCGAAUAUCUUCAACAAAAAGAUCAAAGAGAGGAUACGAGAGACCCAGGAGGCGACGUAUCCCGGGUCAGUAUCCCCGCUCUUGUCGUUCUGA